ACAAAUCUUAUAUUUAAUUAUUCAAGUCGAGCCUUUGUGAUCUGUCUCCAUCAUAACGAAGAAAUUUUAACUGAAUCAGAUUUAACCGGAUAUCUUAUUACAGACUCGUCAAAAUCAUCAAUUUGAUUCAUACUUUUGGCCGCUGAAUCUUUUGGAGACGGGAUAUUGCAAAGAAAACUACCGUAUUACUGUGUUAUUGGGAAAUAGGGUUCGAGUUGGGCGCUAUUUUUGUCCCCUUUGAGCGCGAAAUUUGUCAGCAAAUGCCUCUCAGAUGUGAGAUACCGUCACGCAAUCCAACUGGGUUUUAGCCUUCUCGAAAGACGACUGCGCCAGUCAAGACAAUUCAAUAACGAAUACCGGUACCGGUACCGCUACUGGAUUAAUGCUGCCCAGUUUUAGCUGCACAUGCUACCGGUACUCAGCUAUUCUUGUAGCAUAUUGCUGUAUUGUAUGAACGAGUAGAACAUGGAUUUAUCAGAUGAUGUCCAACUUAUCAUCGAUAGACUCACACAUGAUUUGGAAGAAGCACAACAAGAAAAAAUUCAGGCGGCUGAAUAUGGAUUACAAGUCCUCGAUGAGAAGCAAAAACUACAACAAAGAUACGAUGAAUUAGAAGUUAUAUUAGAUUCUACUCAGAGAGAACUUGAUGCAUCAAAGAAUGAAUUUGAACUCAGCAAACGGGCUCUUGAAAACAGCCAACAUCAAAAUAAAAGAGUAUUUCAUGAUGGCGAAACUCGCGAACAAACAUUAUUACAACAAAAAGAACAAACAGAAGAAACUCUGAUUUCCACAAUACAGGAUCUUGAAUCUGAGUUGAUUCAAACGAAACAAACCUUGAAGAAUGUGUCAGCAGAAGUUGAUGGAUUAUCUGCAACGAACGGUGAACUUGCAUCGUCUUAUCAAACGCUUGAGAAACAGAAGAGUGCAAUUAAAAGAGAAUUAAAGGAAACAAGAGUCCGAGAGUCAAGGUUAUUGAAUGAUUACACUGAACUUGAAGAGGAAAAUUGUAAUUUACAAAAACAGGUUUCGGCAUUGCGACAAUCACAAGCGGAAUACGAAGGUUUUCAACAUGAAAUCAAGCGACUUGAAGAAGAAGCAGAAUUUUUAAACAGUCAACUUGAAGAAGCAUUGAAAUUAAAAGAAUUAUUAGAAAGCCAAUUAGAAGAAGCCCUGGACACCUUGGCGAAAGAAAGAGAACAUAAAAUGGGAUUGAAAAAAGAAUUAUCACAAUAUGUUAACAAUAUUUAUGACACAAGUUUUGCAGGUCAGAUUGAUUUUUCAAAUAAUUCAUCAUUCAAUGAUAGUUUCCAUGUUGGAAAAGAUGGAAAAACGAAAAAUAACAGGCAAACUGAAGAAUAUGAUGAAGAUCUGGAUAAUCCAUUGAUGAGGCAUAUAACUGCUGAUCUGAAGCAUUCAACUCCUGCGAAAAUGAGAAAUGGACAAGAACACAGUCCAGCUCCAAGUGUUGUUGCUGACCUUCUAAGCGAAUUAAAUAUUUCAGAGGUUGCAAAAUUAAAACAGCAAUUAAUGCAAGUUGAAAAAGAAAAGAAAACUCUUCUUAAUAAUUUAAAUGAACAACAAAAAUUGUUGGAUAAUGUGAAAGGCGAUAAAGAAAAGUCCUUCAAGGUUGAACCAAAUAACGAUGUUUCAAGGGAAGUCGAAGCAUUGAGAGAAGAGUUGAGAAAUGUUCAAGAAACUCAAGAACAAAGAGAACUUGAAGCAAUUAAAAUGUUACAAAGCACAUUAUCAGAAGAACGAAAAACUAUACAAUUUAUAACUGAAAAGAAAAAGGAAUUAGAAUGUGACAUGAAGGAACUCAUCACAACUUCAGAUAACCAUAUCCAAGAUUUCAAAAAAUUAUCAGAUGAUUUAUCAGGAGUCAGUGAACAGUUAUCUCAUCUUUAUCAUCAUACUUGUCUUAUCAACAGACAAACUCCAAAUCGAAUUGUUCUUGAUCAUGUGAAGAACCAGACACAUCAAGCCAAAGAUGGAAAAGAAAAUGAUAAUGCAAAUUUAGGAAUUUCAGAAGUCGACAGCGGGGACCCAGCAUCACCAAUCGUUAUUGUUGCAACGAUAUUAGAUCAAAUAACCCACCUAAAGCAAGCAGUUGAUCAAUUAGCUAAAUCAAAAGAAUUAGCUGAAGAAGGUGAAAGCGUUCGACUCGGGAAUUCACCUGAUUCGUCGACUUCUGAAGAUCAUAAAGAUGAAACUGAGGUUCAGAUGUUAGAAGAAGAAGUAAUGAGACUUCGUUCAUUAUUAAGUUCAAAACGAGAACAAAUUGCAACGUUGAGAACAGUUUUGAAAGCAAACAAACACACAGCGGAGGUUGCAUUGUCAAAUCUGAAAAGCAAAUAUCAACAUGAAAAAGGAUUUGUAUCUGAAACAAUGCUUAAGCUUCGUGCUGAAUUAAAAGCUCUCAAGGAGGAUGCAGCAACUUUUGCAUCAUUGCGAGCUAUGUUUGCUGCAAGAUGCGAUGAAUAUGUUACACAAUUAGAUGAUAUGCAGAGACAACUUUCUGCUGCUGACAGUGAGAAACGAACAUUAAAUCAAUUGUUAAGAAUGGCUAUACAACAGAAAUUGGCAUUAACUCAGAGACUUGAAGAUCUUGAAUUUGAUAGAGAACAACACACAAGACAAUUAUUAGAUCAUCAAACCAGUACGUCAAGUACAAAAUCUGACGGCGGAUUUAUUGGUAUCGCAAGGCGGAAAGGAAAAACUGGGAGGUAAAGACCGUCUUUAUUAUGGCAGCUGCUGCUAUCUAUACUUACCGUAUAUUAUGGUGGAAGAGUAUGCUUUCAUCACGAGAUGUCGUUCUCCAUUCCAAUUACAUUGUAACACAGGAGAAAGCUGGUGUUGGGAAUUUUGCUUUGAAAAGACAUUUCUGUUCAUUCAUCCAUCGUCAUAUUGCAUUUUUGGAUUCAGUUUUAUUUUUUUGCUAAAUUUUGCGCAACUUAUUAAGUGUUUCAUAAAUUAUUCUUCACAGAAGACAAAAUAUUUUAGAAAAAUGUUCCACAAAUUUUUUUUUAAUGGUUUUGGCCUUGUUUAUUGAACAUCGUUAAGUUAUUCUCGACCAAUGAUGGUCUCCUAUGUGCAAAAUUGAAUGUGUGUUCAUCUUCGGUCCAUUUUUGAUCAUAGGAUAGGAUUCAAUGCAUUACAACUAGAGGAAAAUUAUAUCUUAUACAUAGGUUGGUGUUGCAUAUAGGUACAAUAUUAUAAAAAUAACAAUAUUUUUUAUACACGAUAAAAAUAAUAUUACCAUAUUUUUUUACUAUAAUUGAUCAAGUAUUUUGGGUUGAAAACAAAACAAAAAAGAAAUUACACUGUUUUGAAUUAAAUAUUUUGGAUAUUUCACUCAUUUUUUUUCUUUCGUAUUUUUCAUAUUUUUGGCUAACUGAUAUUCGUAAUUGUUAACUACUGAAGCGGAAGCAACGCCAUUUUGAAUUUUACACUACCUAUUAAAUAGCCUAUAUUACGUGUGGCUUUGUAUUUAGUCCCUUGAAAACUAAUCCAGUCGCAAACUGGAGCCCACACUACUAUUUUAUUCGUAAAGGCCAUGAUCUCAUUUUUUUUUAUAUUUUGCAUGAAAAAAAUUGCAUGAUUGGGGUAAGAAGUAAAAUUUGUAAACAAAUAUUUGCUAAAUUUAUGUUGCGUGUUUUUUUGUGCGACAGUAAAACUAUCGUAGGUAUUUUGAUGAAUACUUUUCAAAUGUUUGCUUGGGCGAUCUUACUAUGUUCGUUAUUAAAAGAUAUUUUGGCAAAUAUUUAAAAUUAUUUUGGUAUUCAUUCUUUCUUCUUGGCAUAUGUCAUACUGUUGCUGCAAAAUCCAACAGUCAUUUGAUUAAACAAAUUUAUUUUUCAAAUCGAUAUUAGCUAACCAAAUAGUUCAUGUAGUUUAAUCAUUUGAGCAAUAAUAAUUUAGUUCUAGAACAAACUAUUAUUAACAUAAAUACCUCAUUCAUUUUCACCCAAUCAUUUAUAUGAUCAUGCUGCCUAAUGCUUGUCCAUGUAUAAUUUUUUCAUCUCCAGCACUUUGCGUUUUUCAUAUUGUGUUUAUGAAUGUGUUUCUUUCUGAACUUUCUGCUAAUUUUCCCCUUUGUAUUGGUCGAGUUUCGAAUCAUUAAUUUUUGUCAAAUGAUUUAUAGGAUAUACAAUUUUUUACUCCAAGACUGAAAUUCCACAGUUUAACAUUACCUUAGUCUGCAGCUUGAAUUUGUAAUCUGUAGUCUGGGAUGGCAACUCACUGGGUGACUAAACCGGCUAUUGUGAUCACCCUGUAUUUAUAAAAUUUUGAAGCUUCGUUGGUUUUUUGUCCCUAACUAAUUCAAACAGUCUAAAUCUAUUAAUUGUAAAAAGUAUUGACUAACGAUGGGGCGAAGAUGUUCUGAUGAUUUAUUAUAAAAAAUUAAUUUUCUUGAGAAUUAAGAAUUUUUAGGGAUUGGUUUAUUCUAUUAAUUUGCAAUUUGAAGACUUUCAAAAUUGAUGGCAUUAAAAUAGGCGAUAAAUGAGAAGAUAACUACCAUAAUAACAGAUAUUCCAUAAUCACAAAUAUUGUUAGUGAAAUACUGCUGUGUGUGUAUAUACCACUCUUUUUUAUAUCUCAAUUUCAUGUCAGCAUAAUGCACGAUAUAAAGAGUACACAAAGAUGUUUGGAAGGCACUACCUUUUUCCUGUUUUUUUUUUUUAUUUCCUAUUUUAUUAUGCUAUCCUGUAUGUUCCGCAUCACUGGUGUUGCUGCCAAUAUCAUAAAUCACCUAAAUUGGUAAUGGUUCAUUGAACAGAAAUGGGUUUUACUUUAUUCAUAGUCUAUGUGUUCAGUAAAUACUUCUUCGCAGAUUUGUGCUUUGGAAAUUCUUUGUUUCUCAACUAAAGAUAAUAUAUUUAUAGGUUGUAUGUAAUCAUCAAUAGCGUAUUUUCUUAAUUUUUAUCUCGUAAUUUUGCUUGGUUGAAGUAUCGUCAUAAUUUAACUUGUUUUAAUUUUCUUAGUCUAAUAAUGCGUGACUUUGAGAGUCGAAAAUCGUCUUUAGCGAGUUUCACCUUUUAUGGUCCCAAAUUCGACCUAACCUAAGUUUUUUUCCGCCUGUUUGUUUCAUUUUUUUAUGCAGUUGUUUAAACUAAUAUUACAUUUUGUUGGUACUUCAUAUAAAAAUAUUUUUGCUUUGUUGCUGUUGCAUUUUUUGGAGAUGUUUUAUGAAUGACUAUAUUAUAUUACACGAUCAUUGCAUGAAAUAA